CUGUGACAACAUUUCAUCUUCAUCUCUCUCUUCCACCGUAUAUUUUUACCGCUUGAAAGCGCCAUAAACAUCCACCCACCUUUCUAUCUGUCUUCUCUAUGUAUAAAGUCACGAAAACGGAAAAAGAGUAAAAGAAGAAUCUUCACGGCUCUACAUUUUUUUUUUUUUGAGUUCAUCCCCUUCUCAACUCCAUUUCGUGGUUUUAGGCCUGCAGAAAAAUGAGGGGAGGCGAUGAAGAACUCGAUAUCGACAGGCUGCCCGUUGAUUUGUUGGCGCACAUAUUUUCACUUUUCACUUCAUUCAAAGACCUGGCUCAGGCAAGCAGUGUGUGCAAAAAAUGGAGGCAGGGCGUAAGAGAAUCUCUAGCUCGAAGGGGAAGUCUGAGUUUUUCUGGGUGGAAAAUGGAUGACGAGUCCACCACGCGCCUUGUUCAUCUAGCUUACAGCCUCAAGGAGCUUGACAUUUCUGACAAAACAGAGGAUGCUCUGCUUGGGUCUAAUGGUCUAAGGCCUUUUUUGUUUCUCUUCGUUCAAAUUAACAUAUUGUUUUCCCGCCUACAGAUCUCUAGAGCUACUUCACUACAACACUUGAAUAUUGGUGGUACAUUUAUCACAGAUGCAUCCCUUUUUGCCAUUGCCGAUAGCUGCCCUCACCUGAAGACCAUUGUUUUGUGGGGCUGUCGUCAUGUGACAGAAAACGGGCUUCUUGCCCUUGUGAACAAAUGCCGAGAACUCAGAUCCAUCAACGUCUGGGGAAUGAGGGUACCUCUUGACUGCUUCACUGGGCUGCUCACGAUAAGCCCAGCUCUUCAAAUUCAGCCCAAAGGGAUGCUGUUAAAUGAUGAACGGGUCCAUAUCUGGCCUGUUUACUAAAGCAGCCAGAAAAAUCCACUUGAAGUGUAACAUUACAGAUUCGUUUGUCAAAUUUGUUUCAUUGGUGAGAUUGCGAGCGACUGUUUCCGUCAUUUCUAUUUUCAUUAUAAAAGAAAAUGAAUAUAAUGUAAAUUCGGUGAACUUAUUAUCUGUAUUGAACUUUCAUUCUUCAAUUCAUCAAAACAGAUACACACAUGGGAUUGUAUAUAUAUGGGUUGGUUUGUAUUUAGUUUUAAUGUGGUUUACUUUGUGUGAUUGCUCAGUCUUCAAGAUAGUGCGAGGAAGUUUUGUAUAUGAUCAAACAGUUGCU